GACGGAGGCGGCGCAGCGCCGGCAGCCACCGCCACCGGCAUCGCCUCGGAGCGGCCCCGGGGGAGCGGGGCUGGCCGGAGCCGCUCGCCCCCGCGGGCCCGGAGCGCGGCUCGGCUUAGGCACCGACUGCCGCCGAGCAGCCGUCCCCUGACGGGCUUGCUGCCUGCCGUGCUUGCUUGGAUGAGUCUGCGACAUGCCUAAUAAGAGACGAGAUGGGCCAGGGCGACGAGAGCGACCGCAUUGUGAUCAACGUGGGAGGGACUAGGCACCAGACUUACCGCAGCACCCUGCGCACCCUGCCCGGCACGCGGCUGGCCUGGAUCGCUGAGCCCGAUGCCCACAGCCACUUUGACUAUGACCCCCGCACGGAUGAGUUUUUCUUUGACCGGCACCCGGGCGUCUUCGCCCACAUCCUGAAUUACUACCGCACUGGCAAGCUGCACUGCCCCGCGGACGUGUGCGGGCCCCUGUAUGAGGAGGAGCUGGCCUUCUGGGGCAUCGAUGAGACCGAUGUGGAGCCCUGCUGCUGGAUGACCUACCGGCAGCACCGCGACGCCGAAGAGGCUCUGGACAGCUUCGGUGGGGCGCCCCUGGAUAGCAGUGCUGAGGACGGAGACAUAGAUGGCACCGGGGACUCUGGCGAUGGUGAAGAUGAGCUGGAGAUGACAAAACGCCUAGCACUUAGUGACUCCCCAGAUGGUAGGUCUGGGGGCUUCUGGAGACGGUGGCAGCCCCGCAUCUGGGCACUCUUUGAGGAUCCCUACUCCUCCAGAUAUGCAAGGUAUGUGGCAUUUGCCUCCCUGUUCUUCAUUUUGGUCUCCAUUACCACCUUCUGCCUCGAGACCCACGAGAGAUUUAACCCCAUUGUGAACAAGACAGAAACAGAAUUCAUCGGGAAUGACACGCAGGUGCGGCACUACAGGGAAGCAGAGACGGAAGCCUUUCUCACCUACAUCGAAGGUGUCUGUGUGGUCUGGUUUACAUUUGAGUUCUUGAUGAGAGUCACUUUCUGCCCAAACAAGGCGGAAUUUAUCAAAAACUCUUUGAACAUCAUUGACUUUGUGGCCAUACUGCCUUUCUAUCUAGAGGUUGGACUCAGUGGCCUGUCUUCCAAAGCUGCUAAGGAUGUCCUGGGCUUCCUCCGCGUAGUCCGUUUCGUGCGAAUCCUGCGAAUUUUCAAGCUGACCCGCCACUUCGUUGGGUUGCGGGUCUUGGGACACACCCUCCGUGCCAGCACAAAUGAAUUCUUGCUGCUCAUCAUAUUUUUGGCAUUGGGCGUCUUAAUCUUUGCCACGAUGAUCUAUUAUGCCGAGAGAAUAGGUGCUAAACCAAAUGACCCUAGUGCCAGUGAACACACACACUUUAAAAAUAUCCCCAUCGGCUUUUGGUGGGCUGUUGUCACCAUGACGACCCUGGGCUACGGAGACAUGUAUCCUCAGACUUGGUCAGGCAUGCUGGUGGGGGCCCUCUGCGCUCUCGCUGGUGUGCUGACCAUUGCCAUGCCUGUCCCUGUCAUUGUGAACAAUUUCGGAAUGUAUUACUCCUUAGCUAUGGCUAAGCAGAAGCUACCAAAGAAAAAAAAGAAGCAUAUCCCGAGGCCACCCCAGCUGGGAUCCCCCAAUUAUUGUAAAUCUGUCGUAAACUCUCCACACCACAGUACUCAGAGCGACACUUGCCCACUGGCCCAAGAAGAAAUUUUAGAAAUUAACAGAGCAGAUUCGAAACUGAAUGGUGAGGUGGCCAAGGCGGCGCUGGCAAACGAAGACUGUCCCCACAUAGACCAGGCUAUUACGCCUGAUGAGGGCCUGCCCUUUACCCGCUCUGGCACUCGGGAGAGAUAUGGACCCUGCUUCCUCUUAUCAACCGGGGAAUAUCCCUGCCCGCCUGAUGGAGGAAUAAGAAAGGGUUACGAAAUGUCACGGAGCCUUAACAGCAUAGCUGGCAUAAGUGGAAAAGCGAUAGGAUUAUCCUCAGUGUCUGCGCCCUACAGCUCUCCUAGCCCAGUGAGACGUUCUUGGUCUCCCAUCCCAUCUAUUUUGUAGCAUGGAUCAGUAGCAGAGAAUGGUCUAAAAAGCUUUAUUUCAAUUAGCCUAUGCGAUGUUGCAUAUAGUCCAGGUGACUAAGUCUGAAGAUGCAAUGUCUCACAGUAGCACCCGCUGCAAACGGUGUUACUUCUGAUGCUGAGGUGACAACACUCCUAAAUAGCACUCAGAUGACAAUAGGCAGGCAUUGGCGUAGUACUGGUGGGCCAUACGUGCUGCAUGGUAUCAGUACAUAGGAUGAAGGGUAGAUGCACCAGAUGGCUUCCUUCCUGGUGCAUCCUGCUGGCAUAUGCUUAUUGUGGCUAAUGGUGGAUCUACUGGCUCUGUGUGGAAUGGGUUAGGCGUUUAGUCGAUGCUGAAACAUGCCAACGAUGGAAGAUUUUGCUUUUCUCAGGAUAUUUUUGAGCCAUAGGAACCCUGCAGGAGUUUGAGCAAACAAGCACAGUAGGAUGAAACUUUGCAUGGGCACCUAUUUUAAGCUGAAAGCAAUACUCAGACACACUGUAGAGAGGUCUCAGUCUGGCUGACUGCAUGGGAAAAAAAAACCCUGUUGAAGAAGAAUAUGGCUGCCUCUGCAUGUAGCUAUUUCACCUUUUCCUCCUUCCUUUAACACUAAGAUGCCGAGCUUGAUGUGAAAAGCGCAGGGAAGAAGCUCAAGUACUGAUUGUAUUCUUUACAUGCAGAUCUUUGCAAAGAAAGUCCAGUCAUUGCUAAAUAUAUGCCAACAGAGGCAGUCAGAGUGACCUGACAAGGCAAGAUGGAGAUGAACAUUGAUGGCUAAUAAACAUCUCUGUGGAACUGUGCAGGCAUAGAAGACCUUCUCAUUUGGACAAAGUUAACUCGCUCCAUGCAGGUUUUAUGGAUGAUUCUUCGUGGUUCUGGAGUUGUACUAGAGAUGCAGGCUUUUUCUACGGCCAAAAUGUAACAAAACUGUAGAAGAUCUUUUUUUUUUUAAUCUAUUUUUUUGUUCCAUAGCAUGACUUGCAUGAAGACAAAAAUGAAAAUGAAAAAAAAACAAACAAAAAAAAAAAAAAACAAAAAACAAAAAACAAAACAACAAAACACACACACGAGAAACACUGCAAAUGUAUGAUUAAGGAGAAAAAAGAAAAAAAAAAGGCAAAGUUAUAUAUUUUCUUUCAAAGCUCUUUACUUUUACAUACAUUGUUGUAGCCAAAAUGUAAAACAUUAUAAAACUGUACAUUUCUUUGCUAUGGAUCGCUUCUUUUUGUAUACAAGAUACAGAGUAAUGGUUUUAAAAAGUGCAAUCAGGCAGUCAUCGGUCAUAUUGACCACGCCUUCACAGUUCAUCACACCGACAUGGAAAUCAAGAACUUUUAAUCCAACUAGAAGUGUAUAAAAAUAAGAAAAACUUUUUCCUGUCUGUUUUUGUUGGCAUGCUUGUGACACAUGGGACCUUCCUUCGGACCUGACAGUAACAGCUGGUUAAUUUUCCAGCUCUGGUUAUGUUGUAUUUUAUUGAUGUAUAGAUCCAACGUAAAGACCCUUCAUAAAUUGUUCAUAUUAAGUAAUCAGUAUGAAUUUUAAACAAAAGAGGUGUUAUUUUAAAACUGGGACUUAUAGUACAAAAUCAGGAAAAUACUCAAGUAUAAAUGGUCUCAAAGUUUAAGAAACAAGACAACAGCAUUGUAUGCAAUUUAGUACUGAGUAAAAUGCAUGCACAAUGUUAUGCAAAACAAUUCUAGCAUGAAAAUAAAUUUUGUAUCAUGGUUUCAGUGCCUGCUGUAUAGUGUAAAGGGGAAUCCUUUUCUGAAGCAAUCAGGGGUUUCCAGAGACUUGCUUCUAAAAUCUUGAAUAAAUACAGUGUUCUCAACAGAAAUGUAGGAGAAAAGCUUGGUAUUGCUUUGGUUCUACAAUGCUAAUUUUGGUUAGUAGAUAAUAAAUGAAGCCUGCAAACACUUGAUACAACCAAUGUCUAAAGAAUUCACACCAUUAGUAAUUUUACAAGGGAAGAUUAAAAACCCCUAUAAUGAUCUAGGUAUCUUCCUUUUCCCUCCUCAACAAUAAUAAAUGUUUGUCUUUUUAGCUGAUUAAAUGAAUUCAGUUUUUCUUACUUCUUUGGGCCCCGUCCUUCACUUGUUCUUCUCUGAGCCACAGCAGUCCACCUGAUACGAAACUGAAGGAAAUCCAGGUGUCUGAGUUGCACUUGGUUUGCCACACAAAACAUGCACCAGUAAGAACUGAGAAACACAAUGGGAUUAAGUUUCAUUUUAGAUGCUACAAAUGACAACUAUGAACUAAGUUGCCAAGAGCAUUCUAGCUGCCUGAGCAUUUUUGGUAAAGUACUUCUGUAAAAGAAGGAUACACACCUUUUUCAUCACGUGAGGAACUUCAAAAGAGUUGGCAGUCUUCUAGGCAAGCUACAGCAUCUGCAACUGCUGAUGGGAAUGGAAAGGUAAAGGAAUAGUAUCCCUACAGUCUGGAGGAAGUAGAGAUUAAACCAAAAAAACCCAGAAGAAAGACUCAUGGCUCUGGUAAGUGCUAAAUUUAUACACAAAAAUCCCCAACUGCAGCUGGAUCUGGUCGUCACAAAACUCUACUCCAAAAGAAAAACAAGGAAGACCUCAAGCUGUGUUUUAGGAAUAGGGAAAAGGCUGAUAAUCUGAAUUUGUACAUAAUUAGAGAACUCCUUUGUAGUCCUUGAUACAGCAUCAUGUACUUGAUUUCUGCUUUAGUUUCUCCCAAGAACUAUUUUUCUCACACUGUUUCUAUGCCGUCAUUCUCAGAAGACAAAUUUCUUACCUCCAGAGGUAAGAUCCAGAUUCAUCCAGGAUUUGCUUAAUUAACAACUUUUCCUCUUACAAUGUAUUAAGAAUCCAGAAAUAGAUUUAUCUGCCCCAUUUUUUAUUUAACACUGACUCAAAGGCCUAGUGCUAAUUCUCCAUUACCAUAAGGAAUAGCAACAAUUCAGCUCUGUAAAUCCCAUGUAGGUCUUCACCUUCCACUGCACUUUGCAUAUAUCUGAUCCUUGGAGAACAAACUGGGUAAAACUGUCUUUCUGUGCUACUUUUUUAUAUUCCCCACUCUCAUUUUCAUUUAGGUUCCCCUCUCUGCUCAUUCUGAUUUGAGGUAACCAUGUCUUCUGGGUGACUUCUAUAAACCCUUCAGAAACAGAACCCUGCUUUCCAUCCACUGCCCUUCAGGAGAUGCUCUAAAGCUUAAGAUCUGUUUGACCC